AUGGGUGUUCCAGCGUUUGCGUCAUGGCUGAAGAAGAAGUAUCCUGAAAUAGCGUCGGACGUUAUUCCUGCCAAUGUCCAUGGUCUUUACAUUGACCUUAAUGCCCUGAUUCAUCCGUGCUGCCACAGUGAGCGGGACCCCGCCGUUGCCGCACGGCCGGAGGAGGAGAAGUUGCUGCGCAUCUGUCAUGAGGUGGAGGUGCUCCUAGCGACGGUGCGUCCAAAAAAGAUCAUGUUCAUCGCAACGGAUGGUGUGGCACCAAGGGCCAAGAUGAAUCAGCAGCGCGCUCGGCGUUACAUGAAUCGAGCAAAGAAGGUUAGCUCUGGCGCAGAUGUUGUGGAGGAGGUUGUGCGGGAGUUUACUUCAAAUGAGAUGGCGGCGGUUGACGACGAUCUUGACGAUAUCCGUCGGUCACUCAUGCAGGAUGCCUUAUACGGUAUGGAUGGGUUUUUGGACGACACCUUAGAGACGUUGAACAGCGCCACGAGUACCGCACAGCCAGCUACUCCUGCCACGCUUUGUAAUGACGAUAACGAUGGCGCGAUGUAUGCCGGAGAACUGGCCGCGCUUGACGGCCUUGUGGACAGAACGCCAGAAGUGGCGGAGUUUGACAGCAACUGCAUUAGCCCUGGUACAGCGUUCAUGGUGAAGGUCACAAACGCCGUGCUCACGAUGGUGCAGGAUAAAUUGGCUGUUGCAGACCAGCUUUGGGCGGGGCUAAAUGUGAUCGUCUCCGGAGCCAACACAUCCGGUGAGGGCGAGCACAAAAUCAUUGACUUUUUGCGUACGCAGUCCUCCUACGCCGGCUUCAACGGUAGUGGCACACAUGUCAUUGCGGGGUUAGACGCCGAUCUGAUAUUUUUGUCCCUCUCGCUGCACAUCCCGCACAUGUUUAUUCUCCGAGACAAUGGCAGAAACCCGUAUGCUCUGAGGACGGCGGAACGGUCCCGAGGGAAAAAACAGACGCUGCCUCAGAUGUCAGGGGCGAAGAAUAAAACGAAUGCAUUCGGUGGGAGUCCGCCGAUGGAGGAGGACUUGGAGGGUGACGAGCUACCUUUCAUUGUGGACGACGACGACGACCACCACAGUAGACAUUCCUCCGAGGAGGUCUCAAAGACAACGUGGGCGCCGGGGAUGCCUGAGGCCAACACCACGUUUGAGUAUUUUGACAUUGACACAGUAGGUUCAUGCCUCAUGUCGGAGCUGCAUGGAUUGUGCCUGAUUAAACAGUUUGCACCAAACAACAAGGCGGCCUUCAAUCCGGAACUGCUGGUGUCAUCGAAUGGGUACCAUUUUUAUCGUCAAGCGGGGCGCGCCGAUGCGCCGUUACGAUACGCCUCAAAUGAGGAGGUCGAGAAAGACAACGACAAGGAAGGCUGGCGCAAUUUUCGUCCCUGUUCUUCACAGGCAAACAGUAAAGUUAUUGAUGAUGUCAUUGUGAUGGCAAUGUUAAUGGGCAAUGACUUUCUUCCCCGGCUUCCUGGAUCUUUUUGUGGGGAGAGUGCCCUGGAUAACCUGCUGGAGAUUUACGUAACGGAGGUAUUGCCCUACGGAUUUAUAACAGCUGGGUAUCAUGAGAUUCAUCUACCACAGUUGCGGCGUCUCCUGCAGGCAUAUGCGAAGAUUGAGACCGUGAAGUUUCGCCGGUUUGCGCUAAGCAACAACACCAUGAGUCUCAAUGAGGUGGCAGAGCCGCUUCACUCACCGGUGGACGAACAGUGGCGACAGCCGUACUUGGCGUCAACGGGGCUUGCUGGAAACGUUGAGGAGGCUUGUAAAAAGUACGUGGAGGGGCUUCGCUUUGUGUGGCGUUACUACAGUGGGACCUCGUCCAUGUGUAGUUGGUUGUGGUACUACCCGUUUCACCACGCCCCGUUUGCCUUGGAUAUUGCAGAUUACCUGCAACGCUGCGACCUUGCGACGCUGCCUGCACCACCGCUGGAGACGAUGCCUCCGGACAUGUUUUUGCAGCUCCUCUGCAUUCUCCCACCCACAAGUCACGCCUUACUGCCAACUGCGCUCGGUAACGCCAUGUUGAACCCGCCCGAGAAGCUGCGGGAAACAUUUCCCGACACGUGGCGUGUGGACUACACCGCCGCCUUUGGGAAGGAUCACCUCGCAACGGUUCUUUUGCCAUUUGCCAAUAUGUUUGAACUUCGUGAUCUAGUUGAGGCCUCGCGACCGUGCUUUACGUGCGAGGAACAUGAGCGAGGGCGGCAAGUCACGUACCACCUCGUUUUAGGCUCAAAAACCAACAGCUUUGAAAUUAACGGCGAUAUCUGUGCACUCAGCGCAGAUGAUGCCACCACAUGGGGUCUCGAGCGCGAGGGUGUGAUAUAUAUGCAGCUCUGGGACAGCCUACCGAAGCGGGGGCGGCCCAAGACGUACUCGUGCACGGCCGUAGUCCCUUGGAUUACCUGCGACGCACACGGGCGUGUAAACAAGCGAGAGCGUUUGUCCCGCCGUGAGCGACGCCAGCGACGAGAAAAUGUGUUGUCUGAGCGGGGUGUGAUAUUGAUCAACAAGGGAGCCUGUUUUUCCACGUAUCUCUUUGGGUUUGCGAUUUCUGCCUUGCUGAUGUCCAUGGCGCUGCUCCCGUGGUUUUCGACCUCUCUGCUGCAGGUGCUUGCCGUGAAUUUCACAGCUGUAGCGUUUAGUUACUUUUUGGGCAUUGCAGUGCAUAAUCCUGUUCUUGGAAGUGGUGUCCGGCGCAACAAUGUUCGCAUGACCUAUGUCGAUUGGCUCUGCACCGAGUGCCUCUCGUUGAAUUUUUCCUCCAAUGAUAAGUGCUUUGUCUGCCGCGCGCCGUUUGAUUUGACGCGCUGCUUGGCUGUCUUUAGUGGAACCCAGUCCGCGACACCCCCCUUGUACGACCCCAACCACGCGGCGUACAUGGAGACGGUCUGCCUUGAGAUACCGGGACGCAAAAAAGACAGACACGCCCGGUGCAGGCCUCCUACCGGCGGCAUUUAA